AUUAUGAUGACGAUAAUAGGGCUUCUACAGAUAAAUUUAAUAAUUUCAACAUGCAAUACAUUGAAGAUUAUGGCAAAUUUAUGAAUGAUAAUGGGACUUCUAUGGAUAUAAUUAACAAUUUUAAUAUGCAAUACAAUAAUGAAGAAAAAAUGACUGGAGAGAAUCAGAUGAAUGUGGAAAAUGAGGAUGAAGAUGCUGGAUCUAUGGAUGUGGAAAGUGAGAAUGAAGAUGCUGAAUCUACAUAUUUAUUGAAAAAUCAGGAAAUGCAAGAGAAUAUUCGAUUACUUGCGACUUGUGGUGUAAGAGCUGAUACGAUUAUUGAGGUGUUACAAAAAAAAAACACUGAAAAAUAUAUUCAUGCUCGCAAUAAACAUAAAGUAGCAAGAGAUGCAGGUAACACAUAUUUGGAACUUAUUAAAAGACAACAGAAAGAACCCAGUUUUUAUAUUAAUGCAAAGUUUGAAGGGAUAGACAACCAUCUGGUUAUUAUCAACAAUUACAAUCAUUCACACUUAGUAGCGACUGCAGUUAUAUCGAAUGAAACUAAGGAAACUUUUUUGUGGGUUUUAGAAAAUUUAUUAAAGGCAACAAAUAGAUUAACACCAAAGUUAUUAUUCAUAGAUGCUGAUUGUGCUAUGGUUGCCGCUAUAAAUGAAGUACUUUCAUAUACAAAACACUAUUUUUGUCUUUUUCACAUUAGGAAAAAUCUUGAAAAGCAUUUUUUGAGUAAAUAUAAAGAAGCUGUUUUUGAAAAACAUUGGAUAGACUUAUUACAAAAGUAUCCUGAUUCUGUACAAUAUUUAAAGAGACAGCUUUAUCCUUAUCAGGAAGCAUAG